AUGAAAGCACUGGUAAAAAAUAAAGAUUGGUUUUAUUCUUCAAUAACAACAACAACAUCAACAAGAAAUAUACAAAGUUCUCAAUGGCGUUCUUCAUGUCCCGUAUUUUUUAGUAGUAGUGGAUUAUCAUUGAAUAAAAAUAGAAAAUCCUAUUUUCCUCCUACACCAGAAAUAAACCAUAAUGAUGAAAUUGUUCUAUUCACAAAUGAACAACAACAGCAACAAUCAAUGACAAUGUCAAAUAUAAAAGAAAUAGAAAAACUAACAAAUGUAAUAAAUAUACGUGAAGAAGAAGAAUCAACGAUUGAUGACAGAAAAAAAAUGACUGUAUUUCAUCAACAGAAUAAUAAUGGAACAAAUAAUGACUUUAUACAUCGAAAAAAAUCAGCAGAUUUUAGUUUAGAUGAUGAUAAUAAUAAACUAAAUUUAUCAUUAGCAACAUAUGAUAAUGUAACAACUCCAAUGUCAAAUACGUACACUAUUAUUGAUAAAUCUCAAUAUAAUUUAAAUAAAUAUAAUCCAUUGUUAAAAUCGAAUGUUAAUAGUCCAAUGUCAGAUUCUAAUUUAUUACUUUCUUCAAAUCCGCAUCAUCACCAACGAACAAUACCAUUAACAAAUAUACUCUUCGAUAUGACAGAUACAAAAAUAGUAGAGAAUGAAAAAUUUAUAAAAGAUAUUAAUAACAACGGUAAUGAAUUGACAACAACAACAACAACGAAUAAUAUAACUAGUAAUGAUAUUGUAUUGAAUCAAAAACCGGAACGUUCAUCUCAAUCUAGUAUAAAACGUGUUCAAUCACAACUAACACAAGAAAUAAAACCAAAUGAUCAUACAACAAUGAAUAAUAGAGUCAUUUUAAAUGUUGGAGGUGUAAGACACGAAGUUUUAUGGCGAACACUCAAUCGUUUACCAAAUACACGUUUAGGUAGAUUAUCUAAAGCCGUAACACAUGAUGAGAUAAUGAAAUCAUGUGAUGAUUAUGAUUUAAAUGAUAAUGAAUAUUUUUUUGAUCGACAUCCACGAUCAUUUACAUCUGUUAUUAAUUUUUAUCGAACCGGUAAAUUACACUUAGUUGACGAUGUAUGUGUCAUAUCAUUUCAUGAUGAUUUACUUUAUUGGGAUAUUGAUGAAUAUUAUUUGGAAUUAUGUUGUCAAAAUAAAUAUCAUCAAAAAAAAGAACAUGUUUUAGAAGAAAUGAAAAAAGAAUUAGAACUAUUAAAAGUUAAAGAUGAAGAUAAUAUUGGAAAAUAUAAAUUUUGUCCUAGUAUAAGAAAAAACAUUUGGGAUCUAAUGGAAAAUCCACAUACAUCAACGGCAGCACGAAUAAUUACCUUUGUCAGUAUCGCUUUUAUUGUUUUAUCUUCGUUCACCUUGACCGUUAGUACAAUUGAAGGUAUUGGAUGUGCAGCCAAUAUUUCAUCAACGCUGGAAGAUGCACAAGAUGUUGCGUCGGCCGAUGCAGUAUCAGCAGCUGCUGCGGCUGCGGCAGCCGCCGCUGCUAAAGAACAGCACAAUCAAGAUGAACCCUGUCGUGAACCAUUAUUUUUAUUUGUUAUCGAAACGUUGUGUAUAGCAUGGUUUACAAUGGAAUAUAUUCUACGUGUAUUUGCUGCACCAGAUAAAUGUAAAUUUUUUAAAGGAGUAUUAAAUACAAUAGAUUUAAUUGCCAUCGUACCAUUUUAUAUUUCGAUAAUACUCGAAAGCCUUGAUACAGGCAAUUUAAAAAAUUUAAAAAGUGUUCGAAAAGUUGUUCAAGUAUUUCGUGUAUUACGUAUUAUGCGUAUAUUAAAAUUAGCUCGACAUUCCACUGGAUUACAAUCAUUAGGCUAUACACUAAGACGAUCGUAUAAAGAAUUAUCGAUGUUAUUAAUGUUUUUAGCCAUUUUCAUAUUGUUAUUUUCAAGUUUAGCAUACUUUGCUGAAAAAGAUGCGAAUGCAAUACAAUUUAGAUCUAUACCACAUGCUUUCUGGUGGGCAAUCAUUGCUUUACCAAUCCCAAUCAUUGUUAAUAAUUUUGCUGAAUAUUACAAAGAACAAUUGAGACGCGAAAAAGCGCUUAAACGUCAAGAAGCGAUUGAUCGUGCAAAAAAAGAUGGCUCCAUUGUAUCGAUACAAUCACAAUUUUCAGCUAUGAAUUUAACCGGUGGUGGAAGAGCAAAUGUACAAGCUAACGUUAUACCAACUGAUACAAACAAUCAAUAUGAAAAUCGCUCAAAAAGAACUGGUACAUUGAAAUUAACAUUACUCAGUCCAGAUGAUCUACUAGAUCCCGGAUGUUACGAAAAACAGCAAAAACAAACACCGAUGAUGGAUUCUCCAUUAUCCGCUAUAGUAACGUCAACACCAACCAUACUAGUGAGACAUUCCCCUCUAUCCACAACGGCACAACAAAGUGAUACGCGAUCAUCAUAUAAAAAUAAAGCAAAACGUUUGAGCGACACUGCAAAUAAACAAUCGAGUCAAUCGACAUUUAUUCCUGUAGAUGAUAAUACGAAUAGACCAGAAUAUGAUAAUAUCCAGCAACUUUAUUCUCGAGAUAAAACGACGACACAGAAUAGUGAUAUAUCGUCAUCAGAUGUGAAAACGAUUGAUUAUGUUCAAUCAGAUAAUAACGACGAAUCGUUAUUAAAAAUGAAAACAAAUGUAAACGAUGACAGAAUUCACUCGGUAAAUAAAUUACAAACGAAUCGACCAUCAUCAUCAUCGUUAUUAGCUCGUCGACGUCUAAUCUAUAAUUGUGGUGAUGAAAACGUUAUCAAUAAAAAAGAACUCGAUCAUCUUCUAUGUCAUCAACAGACCGAUGAACAACAAGAACAACUACAUCAACAGCAUCUUCAGCAAACUACUAUGGAAAAUGUAAAUAAUGAUAAAUUAUGA